AUGACAACAAAUCUAUUUAAAAACUUGAUAUUCAAUCAUGUUAAAGAUAUCUACAGUAUGAUGAGUGGACGUGGAUCAAAGUGUGGAAGAGAUAUCAUCAAUUCACCUCAUCUUGAAAUGAUAUCUAGAUAUGCAAUGUCAUGGAACUUUAUCAAACAUUAUUUACCUGAAAAGGAUAAUGUAUUGGUAAAGAGAAGAUGGUAUGUUAUUAGUCAGUAUUGUCAACAUGAAAAUGCAACAUUGGAUACACUCAUUCAUCUAUUGGAAUGGUCACCUGAUUAUAAUCCUCAAAAUGAAUUAGAGGAAUGUCAUCAAGAUUUAUUCUAUAAUGUUGCAUCAAGAGGACAUAGAGAUAUACUAGAACUGCUGUUACAAAGGUAUCCAAAUAUCUCUAUGAAUGGUGACCCUAGAGCAAUGCAUAUUGCAUCGGCCAACGGACAUCUUUCAACAAUUCAACUAUUAUCUUCUUCAGUUGAGGGUAUAGAAUGUACAACUGAUUGUAUGGAUGAAGCAGCAUCGAAUGGUCAUUUAAAUGUUGUAAUGUAUCUCGAUCAAACUCGUAGUGAAGGGUGUAGUCAUAAUGCCAUUAAUUGGGCAUCAAGGAAUGGUCAUUUUGAUAUUGUCAAAUAUUUAAGUAGUCAUCGCACAGAAGGAUGUACAUCAGUUGCUAUGGAUAGAGCAGCUGAGAAUGGACAUUUCAAUAUUUUAGAAUAUUUACAUUUGAAUCGUAGCGAAGGAGGAAGUACAAGUAAAGCUAUGGAUAGUGCUGCUUCAAAUGGACAUUAUGAAAUUGUUGAAUGGUUAAAUCUCAAUCGUAGUGAGGAGGGAUGCACAACUGAUGCCAUUGAUUAUGCUGCAAAAAAAAAAAUGGGUAUUUAA